AUGUACUCCUUCGAGCAAGACCACACGGCGGCAGAGCGUACCACCACCACGUUCGACACGAGCUACCAGCCCUGCGCCGGUGCCGGUGCCGCUGGCCGCUCGCUCCAGUCCGCCCAUCAUCCCGGCGGCCAGCAAGUCCUCCGGACCGCCGCCGGGUCCGGGUCCGGGUCCGGGUCCGGGUCCGCGCCCGCCGCCGUGCAGCCACGGCGCGCCAAGAGUAGUAGCAAGAAGCACGCGGCGGCGUCGCGGCACUCGUCGUCGUCGCGUCGGUCCUCGACCACCGUGGUCGCGACCGACGUGAACAACUUCCGGGCCAUGGUGCAGGAGCUCACCGGCUUCCCGCCCGCCGCCAUCUUCCGGCCGCUGCCGCGCAGGGUGCACGCGGCCAGCCCCUUCGUCGCCGUCUCCGCCGCCUCGGGGCAAGGAUGUGGCGGCCGGGAACAGCACGGGCAUGCAAGUUGGGAGGCGACAAACAGUAGUACUACUGCCGGCGGCGGCGGCAGCAGCAGUCCCGACGACGCUCCGGCCGUGCCGCCUGUGGCGCUGGCUGCGCAGCAGCCGCAGUUCGCGCCGCUGGGCGUCUUCGACGGCCUGUCCGACCUCGGCUCGCCGGAGUUCGACUCGUGGGGUGAUUUGUCCAUCGAUUAA